AUGUAUCUAGUUGCAUUCUUUGCUGCUAGUCCGCCGACCAUCAAGGCCCAGGGUGGUAGCAGUUUCAGCAGCGGGGAAUUUCUGCAUCAACCCAGUCGUCGAGAUAAACAUGAUGAUCUACCAACUAAGCAGCCUCCACAUGCGCAAUGCAACCGCGCUUUUAUCAUCGCGGACGCUUCUUACCCGUCUGAACGUGUUCUCUUCAUUAACUCUGACAUUGGUGACACCGGCAUCCAACGAACCAUUCUCACUCUCUUGAAUCGCUCUAUGGAGACCUCUACAUGUCCACCAACACUGCGCUAG